UGUGCUUUACUAUAGCAGCAGGGAACUCAAUUUACAAUGAAUGCUUGCUUUAACUCGUACUAAAUUGUUUGCUUGCAUUUGAAUAAUCUACAUUUUCUCAUGCUUUUAAAUAGGGAUUAAUAAACUUUUAAAAGCUUUUUCCCCUUUCCCACUUGCAAAUCUAGUGCAUAUUAAUUUGUAUCUGUGACUGUCAUAACAUCUUAAAGGUGACAGUGCAGAUUUCAAACCUGUUUUAUUUUAAAAGAAAACUCUUUAAUUAAGAGUACUUACUACAGUAAAUAUAAGCAACAUUGUAAAACUGGACAAAAUAUAUUACCAACACAAAAUCACCGUUAUCAGCCCGAAGGGAGGUGUUUAAAUAAAAUAAUAACUCUUAUAAUUAUUUCUACCAGGAACUUAAUGAGCUAGUUCAGAAAUUAAUAAAACCAUUUAAUUGCAUUGUUGAAUAAGUAACAAGAAUGCAGUUUAGCAUACAAAGAAUCUUGCUUUGCCAGUUCUUCUGCUAAUUUAGCACAGUAUGCUAUUUAUUCUGCACCAAUCAUAUGAUCAGGAUGUCACACAUAGUGUGUCCUUCAAAUAUGCAGUUAUUUUCUGCUUAGCCAUUGUAACUAAUGAAAUGGACACAUUUUUAUGGGAAAGCUUUUUCAAUUCAUGCAGUAAAAAGUCUGAGUGCUAAUCUAGAUUCUGUACCAGUAGUGUUUGAAAUUUCAUUAGAAAUUUCUUUAUUUCUUUACUUCAGAAAGACUGUGACAUCACAUUUUCACCAAAUAUGAUGUACAGUAUCCAGUACAUCAGUAGCCCUUCCAGCACCUAGGCAUUAGGAUGAAUGUGAAGUACUCUCUGUACAGUGGUACCUCGCAAGACGAAAUUAAUUCGUUCUGCGAGUCGUUUCAUAUUGUGAAAAUUCUGUCUUGCAAAUGCAUUGAAAUUUAAUCAAUGCGUUCCUAUGGGCAAAAAGAAGCCACUGCCCUCCGGGGUUCCUGCAGGUCCGUCCCUGCGGUGCGCUCGCUUCCCCUCCCCCCAGCUCGCCUUGGGAGCCGGAGCUCUUUCCCGCCGACUCAUCCGCCGAGAAGGAGCAGCCACAGCAGCCACAUUGCCCCCAAGCGCCACGGCCGCUUUAAGGCUCUUCCUUUAAGGCUCCCACCCGGGCCAGACGGAGGGCCAGUCUUCUUCAGGGGGCUUCUUUUCUUCUCAGUUGUUGCAGCAGCAGCGGCAGCUUCCCUUCAGCUCUGCUGAGCGCUUUAAGGUUCUUCCGCUCCAUGGCGGGAAGGGGGAAGCAGGAGGAGGGCCAGGGGAGCCGGAGCUCUUUCCCACUGACUCACCCGAGCCCAGGAGCAGCUACAGCAGCCACAUUGCCCCCAAGCGCCAUGGCCGCUUUAAGGCUCUUCCGCCUUAAAGAGGGGAAGAAGAGAAGCCCACCUGCUUCCCUCACAGCCUCGGCGCUCACCGGCCUCAUUUCCGGCGCCGCCGCUGAGACCCGAGCCGGCUAAGCCGAGACUCCACUCUGAGGGAAAGGGGCGAAGCGGGCGCACGGCGGUGGGGAGGUGCAGACGAGGCCUGCUGCUGGCUGCGCUGCCCACCCGGGCUGGACGGAGGGCCAGCCUUCUUCAGGGGGCUUUUUUUCUCCUCAGUUGUUGCAGCGGCGGCAGCUUCCCUUCAGCUCUGCCGAGCGCUUUAAGGCUCUUCCGCUCCAUGGCGGGAAGGAGGAAGCAGGAGGAGGGCCAGGGGAGCCGGAGCUCUUUCCCGCUGACUCACCCAAGCCAGGAGCAGCCACAGCAGCCACAUUGCCCCCAAGCCACGCGGCUGCUUUAAGGCGCUUCUGCCUUAAAGAGGGGAGGAAGAGAAGCCCACCUGCUUCCCUCACAGCCCUGGCGCUCACAGGCCUCAAUUCCGCCGCCGCCGCUGAGACCCGAGCCGGCCGAGCCGAUACUCCGCUCUGAGGGAAAGGGGCGAAGCGGGCGCUUGGCGGUGGGGAGGCGCGGACGAGGCCUGCUGUCGGCUGUGCUGCCCACCCGGGCCGAACGGAGUGCCAGCCUUCUUCAGGGGGCUCCUUUUCUCCUCAGUUGUUGCAGCGAUGGCAGCUUCCCUUCCCGUCGCGAGGCUACUUAGUCUUGUGAAGCACGGCCAUAGACAACUUCGUUUUGCGAGUCUUCAAAAAAAAAUCACAAAAUGCUUUCGUCUUGCGAUUUUUUCAUUGCGCGAGGCGUUCGUCUUGCGAGGUACCACUGUAUUUUCAUGAGAUUUAGCAUUAUUAGUGGAUGACUUAGAACGUUGCCUCUUUGAUCUAGCAUAGAUAUAUUGAAAAAAUGUUUACAUGAAAUUUAUUCUGGUGGCAUAAGAUGGUUUCCUGAUUUGUUUAGUAAUGGGAAAAUGUUGUGCUUGUAAAUCCCAGGCAACAUGGCACCGUUGGAGCAUUUAUUUUUCAUACUGCUGGCUAUUGGUUACUUGGUUGUUUCAGCUAAAGUUCAUUUUGUAGUUCUCUCUGCAACCAUAAGGAAAAAUGAAGGUUCUUCUGAUGAGCUUCAACUAAAUCAAAGCCAAUUUAUUGAAAAUGUUAUGAUACUGCAAAAGCAAUUAUGUAAGUUUUUAUCCCUUCAUGUUAGCAAGCUGAUGAAUGGUUUUAAAAGCAUUUUCUUUUAACAAAAAAGUUUUUUUAAAAAAAGAAAUCAUGAACAUUUAAAAUACUACUUCCUUUAUCACAUUCCAGUGAUAACCAUGCCAGUCCUUUUUUAUUUAGAAAGGCUUGUAACAAUACUAUGUAGCUAUUUCAGAGUGACAUUAUCUGAAACAGCAACAUAAUCAAACACAGGGUGCAGGAGAGGUGUAUUACUGGUUCCUAUCUGACUUCUAAAAUACAUCUUGCAGUGCCUGGUAAUUCUAGAGUUUUCCAUUCAAACACCAAACCAAGUAUUGGCUUGCUUGUGUAAAGGAAUUAAUGACUUUGUGAAAGCUGCAGAGUAGGAAGAGACUCUUUAGAAAAUAAAAAAACAAAAGUGAGGAGCAAGGAAUAGGCUGGAGAGAUUCAAUGACUCUAGAUACCAAGCAAUCUGAUGUAUAGGAAUUUUGAAGUAGUUAUGCAUUCCUGUGUGGGACUGGAGUAUAAGAUUGUGACAUAAGAUAAUUGUUUUAAAAAUAAAAAGUUUGUUGGUGCACAGGAGCCUAAAAUAUUAUUCCAGCCAUGAGCUAAAUGCAAGAAGUUUGCUUUUGGAUUGUCAUAUCUGAAGCUGGUGUUCUCCAAAAGGAUUUGUCUUGGUUCCAGUUUUUGACUGUGUUCUUGUCAACAGCCUUUAACACCCCAUAUCGCAAUUUACUGGAAAGCUUUGAUACAAUCGUGCUUUAAAAGUGCUUUGUAGAGAAAGCUGCAUGAAUAAAGAUCACAAAUUGUAAAUUGAUUUAAGAUCUGCAGGAGCUUUUAAACAUAAGUAUCUAGGUUAAGCAUAUGGUGUCUUAAAUAGUCUGACCUAGCCGUUGCCUUUUCUCAUCUGCAGGUGUGUGUGUUUCAGCGCAGCAUGGCUGUGGUCAUCCGCUUACAAGGUCUCCCAAUUGUGGCGGGGACUAUGGACAUUCGCCACUUCUUCUCUGGAUUGACCAUUCCUGAUGGGGGCGUGCAUAUUGUAGGGGGUGAGCUGGGUGAGGCUUUCAUCGUCUUUGCCACUGAUGAAGAUGCAAGGCUGGGUAUGAUGCGCACAGGUGGUACCAUUAAAGGGUCCAAAGUAACACUAUUGCUGAGCAGUAAAACUGAAAUGCAGAAUAUGAUUGAACUCAGUCGCAGGCGCUUUGAAACAGCAAAUCUAGAUAUGCCACCAGCAAAUGCUAGCAGGUCUGGACCUCCACCUAGUUCUGGAAUAAGUAGCAGGGUGACUCUUCCUACGACAGUACCUAACUUUAACAGUCCCUCUCCUAGUGUAGUUACUGCAGCUACUUCAGUUCAUGAAAGCAACAAAAACAUACCAACAUUCUCCACUGCCAGUAUGGGAACUGCUCCUCCUAAUAUUGGUGCUACUUUUGGAAGUCCCACCUUUAGUUCCACCAUACCUAGUACAGCAUCCUCAAUGAACACAGUACCACCUCCACCAAUACCUCCAAUUCCAGCUCUGCCAUCAUUGCCCCCAAUGCCUUCCAUCCCUCCCAUCCCUGUCCCACCUCCAGUACCUACACUGCCUCCUGUUCCCCCAGUUCCCCCAAUACCUCCUGUACCUCCUGUGCCACCUAUGACCCCUCUGCCUCCUUUAUCAGGAAUGCCUCCAAUGAAUCCCCCACCUGUAGCCCCUUUGCCUACAGGAAUGAAUGGAUCUGGAACAGCCAUGAAUCUGAGCACUAACUUGAAUUCAAUGUUCAUGAGUCCCAUAAAUCCUAUUCAGAUCAAUUCUCAAAGUGGUGUGAAAUCACUUCCUAUCAAUCCAGAUGAUCUGUAUGUCAGUGUGCAUGGAAUGCCAUUCUCGGCAACAGAAUCUGACGUGAAAGACUUUUUUCAUGGACUUCGUGUGGAUGCAGUGCAUAUACUGAAAGAUCAUGUAGGACGAAAUAAUGGAAAUGGAUUAGUUAAGUUUUGUUCUCCUCAAGAUACAUUUGAAGCCUUGAAGCGAAACAGGAUGCUGAUGAUUCAACGCUAUGUUGAAGUUGGCCCUGCAACAGAGAGACAGUGGGUGUCUGCAGGAGGCCAUAUAACAUUCAAGCAAACCAUGGGUCCUUCUGGACAAAACCAUCCUUCACCUCAGACUCUCUCUAUGUCCAAAUCACCUAAUGGUCAGAAAAGAUCCAGAUCCAGAUCACCACAUGACCAGGGCUUCUGUGUUUAUUUAAAAGGACUUCCUUUUGAAACUGAGAACAAGCAUGUAAUAGAUUUCUUUAAAAAGCUGGAUAUUGUGGAAGAUAGUAUUUACAUAGCUUAUGGACCCAAUGGGAAAGCACUUGGUGAAGGUUUUGUUGAGUUCAGAAAUGAAACUGACUACAAAGCAGCUUUAUGUCAUCAUAAGCAGUACAUUGGAAAUCGUUUCAUUCAAGUACAUCCCAUAACAAAAAAAGCUAUGUUAGAAAAGAUAGAAAUGAUUCGGAAAAGACUGCAAAACUUCAACUAUGAUCAGCGUGAGAUCAUUAUGAAUACUGAAGGGGAGACUGGCCCUUCUAAACUAUGUGCACAUAUAUCCAAUAUCCCCUACAACAUUACUAAAAUGGAAAUCCUUCAGUUUCUAGAGGGGCUGGCAGUGGAAGAGAACUCUAUACAAAUUCUUGUUGAUACUAAUGGGCAAGGUUUAGGACAAGCACUGGUCCAGUUCAAAGCUGAAGAAGAUGCUCGUAAAUCAGAGCGCCUGCAUCGAAAGAAACUAAAUGGGAGAGAUGUUGUGCUAAGAGUGAUUUCCCUUGAAGAAAUGAGAGAAAUUGAGAGAAAUCCUCCCUCCCAGGGGAAAAAAAUGUUGAAAAUGCCAUUGCAAGGGAGUGCACUAAUGCCAGGAGUGCAGAAUGCUGGUGGGGAUAAGCAUUCUUUCAUAGGUAAUAGCCCCAAAGAUGCAAACAGUGGUCCUCCUUUUCAUUUUCCCAGCAAUUUCAGUGGGUCUAAUGCAUUUGGCCCCCCUCUUCCACCUCCAGGAAUAGGAGGUGGCUUUGGUGAUUCAAGGCCAGGGAUGCCUUCUAUUGGAAAUAGUGGCCUGCCUGGCCUGCCUGGUUCAGGAAUUGAUGUUCCGGGUUUUGGAGGUGGGACUAGCAAUUUAACUGGGCCAUCAGGUUUCACAGGAGGUCCUCAGAACUUUGGAAAUGGGCCUGGUAAUUUAACUGUUCCUCCUAACUUUGGUAGUGGACCUCCAGGUCUUGGUGGUGUGCUUGGACAUUUAAGUGGACCUCCAGGGUUUGGACCUGGACCUGGAAACUUGCAUAUUGCUGGGCCACCUGGGUUUGGAGCUGGCUCUGGAAAGCCAGGGCCAACUGUCAUUAAAGUUCAGAAUAUGCCCUUUACUGUAUCAGUGGAUGAAAUUUUGGAUUUCUUCUAUGGUUACCAAGUAAUCCCAGGUUCAGUGUGCUUAAAAUACAAUGAAAAGGGCAUGCCAACAGGUGAAGCAAUGGUUGCAUUUGAAUCUCGUGAUGAAGCAAUGGCAGCUGUUGUUGAUCUGAAUGACAGGCCAAUAGGCUCAAGAAAAGUCAAACUUAUGGCGCACUGCGUGACAAAGGUGGAACUGUCCAUAUCAUGCGAUAAUCUGCUUGAUAAAGAUGUUGGCUCAAAAUCUGAUCCUCUAUGUGUCCUGCUUCAAGAUGUUGGUGGAAACCAAUGGUCCGAAUUGGAUCGAACUGAAAAAAUAAAGAAUUGCCAGAAUCCUCAAUUUUCAAAGAAGCUGCAAAUUGAUUAUUAUUUUGAGAAAGUUCAGAAACUGAAAUUUGGCAUUUACGACAUUGAUAACAAAUCCUAUGACUUAAAUGAUGAUGACUUUCUUGGAGGGGCUGAGUGCACCUUGGGACAGAUUGUGUCAAGUAAAACAGUCACUCAGCCUUUAAUGCUGAAGAAAGGAAAACCUGCAGGAAAAGGCACUGUUACGAUUUCUGCAGAAGAGAUUAAAGACACUAGAGUUGUGUCCAUAGAUGUUGAAGCCCGGAAUUUAGACAAAAAGGAUUUUUUGGGAAAAUCUGAUCCAUUUUUGGAGUUUUAUAAAGAGAGUGAUGGUGGAAAAUGGCAGCUUGUCUACCGAUCAGAGGUAAUUAAGAACAAUUUAAAUCCCUGCUGGAGAAAGUUCAGUGUUCCUCUGCAAACAUUCUGUGGUGGUGACUUCAACAAACCAAUGAAGGUGCACUGUUCAGAUUAUGAUAGUGAUGGGUCACAUGACUUGAUAGGCAUUUUUGAAACUAACCUCUCCCAGCUACAGAAGGCAGGUGGCAGCUCUCCGGUGGAAUUUGAGUGUAUUCACCCUGAGAAGAAGAGAAAGAAGAAGAGCUAUAAAAACUCUGGCAUUGUUAGAGUAAAGUCUUGCAAAAUUGAAACAGAAUAUUCUUUCCUGGAUUACAUCAUGGGAGGCUGCCAAAUUAAUUUCACUGUCGGCAUAGAUUUCACUGGCUCCAAUGGAGAUCCAAAGUCACCAGAUUCUCUUCACUAUAUCAGUCCAAAUGGGAUAAAUGAAUACCUGACCGCCAUCUGGUGUGUGGGGAACGUGGUACAAGAUUAUGACACUGACAAACUGUUCCCUGCCUUUGGGUUUGGAGCUCAAGUUCCUCCAGACUGGAAGGUGUCCCAUGAAUUUGCAUUGAACUUUAACCCUUCAAAUCCCUAUUGCCAAGGAAUCCAGGGAAUUGUGGAUGCAUAUCGCCAGGCAUUGCCUCAGAUUCGUCUCUAUGGUCCAACAAACUUCUCCCCAAUUAUAAAUCAUGUUGCCAGGUUUGCUGCUCAGGCAGCACAGCAACAUACUGCUUCUCAAUACUUUGUCUUGCUGAUAAUCACAGACGGGGAGAUCACCGAUCUGGACCAAACCAGGCAAGCCAUUGUCAAUGCUUCCAAGCUGCCCAUGUCUAUCAUUAUCAUUGGAGUUGGCAGCGCUGAGUUCCAAGCCAUGGAAUUCCUUGAUGGAGACGAUGGUGUUCUAAAGUCCUUGUCAGGGGAACCAGCUGCACGAGAUAUUGUCCAGUUUGUGCCCUUCAGGAAAUUCCAGAAUGCUCCUCGUGAAGCACUUAACCAAUCAGUGUUAGCUGAAGUUCCUAAGCAACUGGUAUCCUACUUCAAGAUGCUUGGCCUGAUUCCCAUGAAGUUGCCUUCAGAAAAACAGCCAUAAAGCACAAUACCUUUCAUUUACAAGGAAAAGAAUACUGCAUAUAGAGCUUUCCAGUGAAUAGUCCUUUCCCCUAUGUAUUACUCUGCAUUCAAAACAAUAUUUCUGUACUUUCAACAUAUUGGGAAUCUGAUAUAUUUGCAGACAAUUUAUAAGAAUACUAGUGCUCUUGGCAGUUCUUAUUAGAAAACUGACAAAUACCUUAUGGUCAAAUCCAUUUGCAUUCUGUCUACCUGCCCAUGCUGUGCAGCACACAAUCCUAGUGAAAAAUAUUGGGUUUGUUUGUUUUGUUUAUUUUUAAAGUCAAGAUCCUAGCCCUUGAUUUAAAAGAAAGCUUUUUUUAAUUUUAAUUUUUUUAGUCAGUUGUGAAGGUUCAUUUAUAACAAAUUAUGUAAACACCAGAUAUUUGUACUAAAAUUACAACAACAAAAAACUAAAAGGGGAAAAAUGGCCAGGGGAAAAAUGGCCAGGUAUUCAUGCAGCUCACUAAAAAGAAUUGUCUUGUGAGUGGUUGCUUCUCUCAGUUUAGAAUGUAUUUGAAAUCUAGCUGCUAUAAAGUUUACAUAUAUAGUUAUAUAUUACUUACCAUGUGUUGCUGGAUGGUCUUUUCUGUGUCUGGAAAGAAAAAUAAUUUUGCAUUGAUAUAUACCAAAAUCACUGAUUGCCUUAAUUUCUACUAUGCCUUUAUGGAAUGCCAAUGAAUUUUUUAGUACUUUAUUUACAAUGAAGCCUUAAGCUUCAGGUGCCAAAAUCGAAUGCAAAUCAAGAGAUUCUUGCUUCUAAGGUGCUGUUUACAUAUAAAAAUUCUUUCUCAAGGGGAUUUUGGUCAGUGUGUUUCAAACUGGGCUGUGCACUGAUAUGCAGGGGAGAGCAAGUGAGAUAAUUUGUGCUUCUGUCUCUGAAUUAUCACUUGGGAAAAUGGAUGUGUGUGGAUGUACUGUUGAGUAACUGCUGCACUAUCUGUCCCAGGUUUAUUGCAAUAUUUACAAUCCUGUAGGUUUAUUUGUAGCAGAAGCUUGGAUGCUUGCUUUAGACAACAUUAUUUUAGCUGUACUGUUUAUAAAAUGUAUUACAUGCUUCCUACAACUUUUGGAUUUAAGCACUUUAAAACAUUAUAUAAAAUAUUUAUUGGAUUUAAGGAAAACAGUAUAUGGGGAACUUUAAUAUUUAAUACUACCAACUAUAACUAAUCACUGUUCCAAAAUAUAAGAAAAUUACAUUAGAGUAAAAUCCCUGCACAAUACCUAAAUAGCCUCUUCUUUUGAAACUGCAAUUUGAUCCAUACAUAAAUUUGAACUUAUAUAAAUGAGGAAGACAGGAGUGCCUGACGUGCUCUGGUCCUUGGGGUCACGAAGAGUUGGACACAACUAAACAUCUUAGCAUCUUGCUCUCCUUUUAGCCAAGUGCUUUUUGAGCAAUUGUGAUGCUUUGUGGGUAGCUAUAGUGUGAGUUGUGUGUUAUUUUGCGGUAUACUAGUGUGCCCUAUUGGCACAGUUUGGUAAUCCCCAAUACUAUACGCCAGAAUAUAUAUAUGAUCUCCAGAUCAUGCUGUUUAUGGAUCUAUCCCAGUAUUGUUGACUCUUGACUUGCAACAUCUCUUUAAGGUCUCAGGCAGAGGUCUUUCUCAUCUGAUCCUUUUAACUAGAAAUUUUGGUGAUUGAACCUGGAACCUUCUGCAUGCAAAGCAGAUGCGCUGCUACUAAGCUUUGGUCCCUUUUAAGACAGUGUUGAUUGCAACCAGAAUAAGUUAUGCCUUUCGUACAUCAUGGCUGUAGCAGUCUGGGGGUCUCCAUCAGUUCUCGCUGGUCUAGCAGUGUUCAGCUGGCAUAACUGGCAGGGCCUUCUCAUGGGGGAGAUUCUACACACAUACUGUUACUGUUUCACUGGAAAUAUUAUUGGCCAACGUGGAAUGACAGCCUGGUUCUUUGGUAGAAAGUGGAGUAUUUUACCAAAGUAAGCUUUGCUUUCUUUGGAAACUAUUACAUUGAUAUUCUAUUGCACUGCUUGGUUUGGUUGAUUAAUGCAGAAAAGAAUCAGUUCUUCAUGUAAGAAUUAUCUUGUGUACUGCAAACACCAUUAAAUUUCUUGAUCAAGCUCAA